CCGGUGGUGGGCUUUCCUGGUCUUUGGCUUCUCAAGCUUAGAAGAAGCUGGGCUAGAAAUCCGAGGCCCCAGCACGGGACACCACCAGGUGGACAAGCACACGUUUUGGCCCAGUCUCAGCUUGUUGGGAAGCAGUCAGCUAUGAGGCUUCAUUAUCUGCUAUUUGUAUUCCUCAUCUUGUUCUUCGUGCCUGCUCCAGGGGACACACUCAUACCAAAACCCCUCCGAAAACUUUUCUGCAGAAUAAGAGGUGGCCGGUGUGCUGCAUUUAAUUGCUUUGCUAAGGAAGAACAAAUAGGUAUAUGUUCUAGCAAAGGCCGGAAAUGCUGCCAAAGAAGAAGACGACUCUGAAUCAGAACGGGAAUGUCACCUGCUGUGCAUUUCUGUGCAUUGCUGUGCGGAGGGGAUGGGGGGCAGUUCCUCCCGGGAAUGUACAAAAGUAA